AUGCCUCCGCCGCUUUUAUACAACCUUGUUGCUGGGUCUCUUCCAGACCACUGUGAACCCUCUUCGCCUCUUCUGACCGCUAUCUCCUCACAUCUCCACAUCUGCCUCCCCACUCCUCUCGCGCUGAUCUCCUCCGUUCUCGGCACCCUCAGCAUUGUGUCAUGGCUCUUCGCCCAGCUACCCCAAAUAUUCAAGAACUACCAGCUCCAAUCCACCUCCGGUCUGUCCAUAUUCUUCCUCGUCAUCUGGUGCUUCGGUGAUGUGAGCAAUCUUAUCGGCGCCCUCUUCACCCGCCAGGCCGGCUGGCAAGUCGUCGUCGCCAGUUACUAUGUCUGCGUGGAUGUCGCGCUAGUCAUUCAAUUCUUUUGGUACACCCACUAUAAAGCCCGGCGGUACAACAGCUACCGCGAAUUACCACACUCGCACGAUGCAUCCGAUUCCACCGGCGGGCUGCUACAGGGGGUGCCCCUGCCCGACAACAAUGCAACACAACAGUCGCAAUCAUUGGGACCAGUCAACAUGGACGUGUCAAAGAAAUCCGAGGCGACAGACGCGGGUGUGCAGACCGGAUCAACUCUCAACUCAACCGUCAAUCCCACUGCAUCAUAUUCGAAUGAGAAGACAAAUUCCUCGCGCCGGUCGAUCCGGGUCAGAAGCAGCGCCUCCAGCCCUCCAUUCGCACUACCCCGCACUAUGCUCAUUGCCUCGCUGCUUUGUGCUGUCCUAGCCAAUGCUAGUCCUACCGGUACCGGCCCGUCACCUCACCCGCCCAUUUCCCAUGCUCCCCGUGAAACAAUCAUCGAGAUCGUGGGUCGCAUCUUCUCCUGGAUGUCAACCCUCCUCUACCUGGGCUCACGCCCGCCCCAACUCAUCAAGAACUACCGCCGCAAGAGCACAGAAGGUCUUUCCCCGCUUCUCUUCAUGGCUGCUUUCAGCGGCAACUUGUUCUAUUCCUCCUCUUUGCUCACCAACCCCAAUGCCUGGUAUGACUUCGCGCCGUACGGCGGUGGCGGUUGGGCCGAUGACCACGGUAAUGAUCGCUGGGAGUGGAUUGGACGGAGUCUGCCCUUCUUCCUGGGUGCAUUUGGCGUUCUAUUCUUGGAUGGCUUCAUGGGCGUGCAGUUCUUGAUGUACGGCCCACAAGACGACGAGGAUGGCGAGAGCUAUAUUGGUUCCGAGGAUGGAGACCCCAAGCGCGGCCGCAGUAAGUGGCGUCGCGUGCGUGGAUGGAUGCGCGGAUGGAUUCCUUCAACGUCGCCGGAGCGUGACGAGCGUACGCGCUCGCGGGAGGGCCAGGCCCUACUUAGCCAUGAACAAGGACGAUACGGGACUGUUUGA